GUACUCUCGUAAGAGUGUGCUACGGGGUGGAAGUGGGUGUGUCAUUCAGUAUCCGUGUUUGCCCCCGACAGAUGGCGAGCAGGGAGGCAAGUCAGAGUGCAGCCGUUGGAUGACAGCGAACGAAAAUUCCACCAGGUCGAUUGGGAAUCGAAACACGGAGGGAGGUAACCAGCUGCCAGGAGGUGGCGAAGUGCUGUUUACAACGAAUGCUUAGAGGGACGGUUAUAAAGCGGGGAGUAGAAGCAUAGCAUAGCUUCCUUAUUUUACUAAUGUGUGAGUUGUGGUGAAACUUUGGCUGUGCUUUUGAGUUAAAUAGGAAGUGUGUGUGUGUGUGUGUGUGUGUGUGUGUGUGUGUGUGUGUGUGUGCGCGCGCGCACGCGCGCCUAUUUAAAUUGUGUGCUGUGAGGUUGUGGUGAAUAUUUAAGGAUUUAUUAUAAAAAUUAAGGAAAUUUAAAGAGUCAAACGAAAAACCCCUUUCACCUAUGCGAUUCAGUAUGAAUUAAGGCCAACUGAACAAAAUGGAUGGUGUAAGUUGUUUAAAUUCAAACAGGAUAUUUGUUUUACUCACACAUCUAAUUAAAGCCAUCAGUUGAAAACUACUCACAUGAAAUGCACUGCUUGUCAGCCUAUGAAUAUUCAUGCUUAACACCAAUACAUUUGUGUAAACAGGAAACCGGUUAAUUUUGGUCUCUGUGUGAGUUGAGGGUGGUGUCAUCACCCCUGCUCUUGUCUCUCAAUAGCCCAUUAUGCUUAAAUGUGAAGUUUGAACUCAAAACUGUCUUGGGAUUAGUAACAACCCCACCGAACCCUCUGCUCCCAGUAUGUCAACAGCAGUGGAAUCCAGCAUGUACAACAAUAUCCAGGCCAUGCUAAGACAGGCUGCAUCCUCCUGCAACAGAGGCAUGCUGAGAUGGACACUUCAUAAGAAGGCGGAGAAGGAGCCGUCCAACAGCAUCUUAUUGAUCAGAGUUCUGGUCAAAGAGCUGGAAAAGGUGGAGGGGCUUGACAAUAACAUGCAUAUCAUCCCAUUACUUCACACUAUCUUCUAUGUUAUUAUUCAGUCUGGCCACAUUUCUGGGAACCUGCUUCAAAGAGUGUAUGAGUGCUUUAAAAGGUUGCUAACACAUCCAGAGCCUUACUGUACUAUUGCACUGAAAUAUAUCAGAAGCAUGAAGAUGGAACAGAUUACCCCGGGAGCUUUGUAUCUAAGAAGGGUUAUUGCUGAGCAUAGCCUAACAAACAAAUACUUUCCACAUCAGGAAAAGGUGGUUGUGUUUGCAGACCCAGCUGUGCUAUCAAGGGCCCUGUGGCAGGCAGUGAGGGCAGACCUGGAGCAAGCCUGUCCCAGUAGUGACACACUGACCAAGCAGAGGCUGGUCCUGCUGCACAUUCUGCAGGCUGGGCUGUUGAAGACCUGCAAUGGUCCCAUACUGACUCAAGCCCUGGAGGAUCUGGGAGAAGAUGUGGAGCAGUUCUUUCAGGAAGUGGUAUUAGCUGUAGAGCACAGUGUAGAGAACCAUGUGUCCGGCCGUGAUCAGUACCAGACCCGGCUCCAGAAAAUCUACAGUGAAAUCCUUACUGCGGUUAACCAAGACCCAAAGGCUGGGGACAUUCUCUCUAAUGCACCAUUACCCUCUCCAGCAAUUAACUUCCACCUCUGGACAAAUGAAGAGGAGCUGUUGAAUGAGCUGGUGAACUUCACCCUAAGCAUUAACCCCUCUGAGCGGAGGUAUGUGAACCAGGAGGACGAAGGUGAGGAGGGUGGAUCCAAGAGGGUUUCCCUCCAAUCUGAUGAGAAUGGCAAAGAGAAAGAGCUGCCCGACAUGGAGAUGGGUGAACACAGCAAGCCAUUCACCUUGUCCUGGUUGCCGUGUUUCCGUGUGAAAGUAAAGCAGCAAGACCACAUGUGGAUUAAAGAGGAGCAGAACCAUACAGUCCACAUAGUGAUGAUGGGAGAUGACCGGGUGCUGGGGAGACUGGCCAAGGCGUUAUAUUACAUCCGGAAACAGGAGGCAAAACAAAUCAUGUCCACCAAAAGAGUGAACCUGGAAAUAUAUUACGUCCCUGUCACUGAUGAGCCUAUCAUGAAUUCCCCUAGAACGACCACACAGGUUCAGAACAACUUGUCUCUAGCCUUGUUCUUAGGAAAGAUUGAUCCCUGGUACGAAAGCAACAUCAACAGUUUGGGAAUUGUGAUUCCAAAGCUAGCAGUAACGCAGUCUAGUCACAGCAGGUCAUCCGAACCCAACCACUUCCUUGCGGACGUCCUCUCCUACUACCUCCGCUGUGGCCUCCAGCCAGUCUACUUCCCACUAUACUCUGUCAAGAUCUCAGUCUCCGGAAUGGAUGGCAGCCCUGUUGAGGAAGUGUUUGUGUCCCACCUAGAAGCAGAGUUCCCUGACCUUAAAACACUCAACAAACGACAAACAGGGAAGUCACUUGGAACCUGUGGGGCGUUGGUUUCAGUGAAUUACAGAAAGGUCUCCUUGAGCAAACAAGAAGUUAUUAAGGAAAUGUCAGUCAUCUCGUAUGGAGUGGUUGUCACUGCAAUUUCACCCAAUGAAACAGAUCUGGAUGUCCUCACUGUCAAUUUUGACACCCUGAAUUCAAGAUGUUGCAUGGAGAUCAGGACCCAGAACAUAAGCAUCAGAAUUCUGGAGGAUAAGACAUUCAAUGUCUGUCUGGACAAAGACUAUCGCAGGACAUACACAAAUGUCCAAAGUAUGGAAAUCUCUCCAUGCUUGGAUCCAGUAAACUGCAUCCAGACAAUUUCCAAAUCUGAGGGGACAGGGCUAAGCAAGUACUUCUGCAAGUCUCUGCAUCUGCCAAUCAACACCUUCACUGGCAGUCACCACUAACACAGUUACUUUUAAAAAUGAGAUGUCCUUGCAAUUUGACAGAUUUGGAGCGCUUUUGCAAAGAAGAGUGGGCAAAUAUUUCCACUUCAAGAUGUGCCAUGUUAAUAGACACCUACCCAAAAAGACUUGAGUGCUGUAAUAAAGUCAAAAGGUGCUUCAACAAAGUAUUACUUUAAGGGUGUGCACACUUGUGCAACCAGGUUAUUGUAAGGUUUUUAUUUUUCAUUUUUCCCCCUUGAAGAUUUCCGUUUGUUUUUCAAUUGAAGUUUUCACAUUAUAGGUAACAUUACAAGUGGAAAAUGUUCAUGAUUUCUUUGUCUUGUUCUUUUACGUUCUACAGGAUGUCCUAUGGGAUUUUGGGGCACUUUCUUGUAGGACAGUUCAUGCAGGAUCCUGUAAGAAUCCUGCAGGUUGUCCUUUAGGAAAUAAAUCAUCCAUGAAUCAUGCAAAUAAUCUUUAAAAGUAUCCUACGGGAAUUCCAACAGGAAAGGAGAUCCUGCAGGAUUUGUCUUCCACUUUCCUGUAGGACAAUUAUUGUUGGAUUCUGUAGGUAGUCCUUCAGGAAAUAAAUCCUGUAGGAAUCAUGCAAAUAAUCCUCAACAUUUUUUCACAAACUAUCUGCAGGAUUGAAAGGAGCAUAACAGCAAAAUGGUCCUUUACUCCUGUGAGAUAUCUUUUAGCUCUGGUUCCUGCGGGUAAUUAAAAAAAUGUCAUGGCAAUUUUAUGUACAACCUGUAUCCUCAUCCCAAUUUCCUGUAAUACAAUAAAAAUGCUUUAAAAAGACUAGACAGAAAGCAGUAUACA